AUGACAGAUCUUGUUUCAACUGUUGCUGCUGAUGGAGUAGCUAAUGUUACUUCCAAUGAGAUUAUUCAAACGAAAGUUGAACCAGCACCUGCAAAGGUUAAUUAUGAAGAGGAGGCUACUAAAUUGGAAAACAAAAGCUACAGAUUUUUAGCAAAGCAAGUACAUCCAGUUAUUAUACCCUCUUAUGCAUCCUGGUUUGAUUUUUCUAAGAUAAAUGAUAUUGAGAGAAAAGCAAUUCCUGAUUUUUUUGAUGGUUCAGCUAAUUAUAAAACACCAACUACUUAUAAGGACACUAGAAAUUUUUUGAUUAACACUUAUAGGCUAACUCCAUACGAGUAUUUAACAAUGACUGCUGUUCGACAGAAUCUAGGUUUAGAUGUAACAUCUAUUUUUAAGAUACAUGCUUUCCUUGAGAAAUGGGGUUUGAUCAAUUACCAACUUGAUCCAAAGACAAAGCCUUCGUCAUUAAGUUCAAAAUAUAAAGGUCAUUAUGAAGUAGUUCUGGACACAGCUGAUGGUUUAAAACCAUUUAUUAAAGAAGAAAUUAUAGAGGACAAAAAAGAGAAUGAAAAUAAAGCAGAUGCAGUAGAACAAGAUAAAGAGAAGCCUAUUUUGUCUACCAUUAAUAACGAUGUUAAAUUUACUGAACUAGAGAAAUUUCCAAUUAAUUUAUCAUUGGAGACUGAUGUGUAUAAUACAUUAUCUGAGUUUAUUUCAUUAGAACCAGAAGAUAGGUUGAAAAAAAAACUAAAUAGAAGUUAUAUUUGUCACACUUGUGGUAAUGACACUGUCUUUGUUAGAUACCAUAAUUUACGUGCAAGGGAUAUUAACAUUUGUUCUAGAUGUUAUCAAGAAGGUCAUUUUGGUGCAAACUUCCAAGCUUCCGACUUUAUAAGAAUCGAUAAUAACACUUCAAGCAUGGAAUGGACAGAACAAGAAAUAUUUUUAUUAUUGGAAGGUAUUGAACUUUAUGAAGAUCAGUGGCAAAGAAUUGUACAACACAUUGGGACUGAAAGAACUGUGGUGGAAUGUGUUGAGAAAUUCUUAAAACUUCCAAUUGAAGAUAGUUACAUCAAUGAUGCCAUAGGAAAAUUAAGGAGCAAAUACUCUAACAAUACUUUGGAAGGUUCUAAUACCACGAAAGAAGAGCAGAUAGAGAAUGCUAAAAACGUCAUUAGUGGUAUUAAUCACACUGUAGAAUACUUAAUUGAUGGCCAAAAUGAUGAAGUUUUAAAGAAAAUGAUACCUGAGUCUGCAAAUAAAGUGAUGUCUAAAUAUUUAAAGGAAGCACAAAUCGUGACACAUGAAUUAAUUAAUUUAUCGGCACAGGGGUUAAAUAUAAGAAUUGAAGAAUUGAAGACUUUAGAAAAGGCACUUAUAGCUGAGUUUGAUAAACUAGAAUUGGAAAAAUCAAAACUUGCAGAUAAUAGGAAGACUUUAAAUGAUCAAGUAGACCAAAUUAACGAAGAAUUGAAAAAUAUGAAUAUUACCAAUACGUUAACAUUAGUUUCACAAGAUGGUGACCUUAAUAAAUCAACUGCUGAAAAAUCAGAAGACCUUUAUCAAACAUCAGAUGAUAUUGAGAAAAAAAAGAAAGAAUCAACAUCGAAUUAG